GAGGCUUGUGCUUUCUACAAGGCAAAAGAUAAAGACAAUAAGUCGUUUCAGUUCAUGCAUUGCUGGAACCUGUUACGAACACAGCCAAAGUGGCAUGACAGGAUGAAGGAGUUGGCAGCUUAGAAGAAUUCACACAAAAAACAGAAGACUACAGCAGAUUCAGUUCUUGUGAUGGAUUCUGUGGCAAAUGGAAAUGAUGUCAAUCGUGAUGCAGACCAGAAUGAGAUUCCUGAGAGUGAUGUAGGCAAGAAAAGACCAAUGGGCAACAAGAAGGCAAAAGGUUCUUUGCGUCGAGGUGGAGGUGAUGCAUGCACAGAGGCUUUGGACCAUUUGUGGGGAAAAAAAAAGAAGGAAGCCGAUGCAGAGAAGGAACUCAAGAAAGAAGAGAGAUACAAACGAUCUUUUGAACUAGAAAAGGAUAAGUUUCAACUAGAACAGGUGAGGGUUCAGAACGAACAACUGAGGCUUGCAAAUGAGGCAAAAGCUCUGGAGAUUAAAGAAGCCGAUAUGUAUGACAAAAGAAUGUUAGAAGAAGAACGAAUUAUGACGGUGAACACUAGUAGUAUGCCUGGAGAUCUGCAGCAGUACUAUAAGAGUCUUCGAUCUAAGAUAAUGGCUCGCCGUGGGAUCAGCAGCUGAGCUUGACUUUGUUAAACAUGCAUCAACUCUUUUGUUGAAGUUAUCAUUCCUAGUUUGAACCUAUGCACUCAUGUUUCUUUAUUGUAUGAAUCAUUUUCUUCAUGGACCUGUUGCACUC